GUUAAAGGCGUCCUUCACAGGCACUGUGAGUACAGGCAUGGCGAGCGUUAGAAACGCUGGUGUAAUGACGGACACUGAUUCGCUCAGACAUGCUGAAUAUGCAGCGAAAACAACGAGCAGGAGUGACACAGAUAUUGACAAGAGACUAGGUGGAGUGUUAAUGGCUGUUGGACUUGGUGUUGCAGCGGCAGCAUUUGCAGGAAGAUACGCAUUCCAGUUGUGGAAACCUUUAGGACAAGUAAUUACAGAAACAGCCAAGAAAAUGCCAACGUCGGGUUUUUCAGUUUACUAUAAAGGAGGAUUUGAAACGAAAAUGACCAAACGAGAAGCCAGCCUUAUUCUAGGUGUAAGCCCAACAUCUAACAAGGUAAAGAUAAGAGAGGCCCACAGAAGGAUCAUGAUUUUAAACCAUCCUGAUAAAGGCGGAUCUCCCUACUUGGCAGCAAAAAUAAAUGAAGCAAAAGACUUUCUGGAUGCCAGCAGUCGAAAGUAACCUCAUUAUCAUGUGAUUCAUGCUGUUCCACAGGACAGCUUUGUGUUCCAUGUCAUCCAGUACAUCCCUUUGUGGGGAGUGUGAGUGGACUUGCACACACACACUUUGGACAGGGUACACUUAUGGAUUGUUUAGGCUUUAUUAUAGUGUAUCUUCUCUGCUGUGAGGCUUGUCUCAGAAAAUGAUUUUUUUCAGCUGUCUCUUUUAUUGAAUUGUACAGUGCUUUGUGAUGUUUGUACAUGAAAGUGGCUAUAUACAAUAAAGGUUAUUAUUAUUACUGUAAAUGAAAAUGUCGACCAGGAUCAUUAUAGGAAUAUCAUUUUUUGGACAUACCCGAGAAUGUUCAUGAGGAUUACAAGGAUAGAUUUUUUUUUUAAUGCAGCGUUCUUAUUCUUGGUAACAUAGUAUAUAACAUGGAAUUUCCAUGGCCUUUGUGUUUUAAUGUAAGCCAGCUACUUUCCAUUCUCACACUCCUUUACAUUCAAAUCUACAACAAUGCGCUUCAUUGUAUAACCUUGUCAUGAUGGUGUUUUUGUUAUGGGUUUGUGUUUUGUGUUUUCUGCUAACUUCCUCUAUGUGAAAUUGAUCAAAUGCCAGUUACAGUAAUUACAUAUUUAUUGAUAUAUAAUCUCUGCCAAAUAAAUAACUCUGAUUUCCUGAGUGGUAAAUAUAGACAGCACUUGAUAGAAUGAAGUAAGUGCGUUGCUCCUGUGUAUGGUUCUGAUGGGAAAAGAGGUGCCAGGGCCACUUUGCAGCUACAUUUUUAAGUUAAUUGAAUUGCAAGGGAGUUAAAUAAAAGAAAAUACAAAUAGCCUAUGUGCCAGUAGCUAAAAUCAUUUGACCGCAUUAACUAUUAUUAU